CCGGCCUCAGAUCUGACACCCGCAGGACAAAGUCAGUGGAAGUCGGUCCUCCGACAUGCAUCCGACAAGAGGAACAAGUCGGCAAGUGUAACCGAAGGAGGCGAGAAUUCAUCCGUCCGUCCGAGCAGAGUGCGCGUAAAGAGCGAAACCCAGGACGAACCGUGCGUAUUUCUCCGUGCGCCUUUUUUUUCUUCCCUUUUUCUCCUCCGCUGGGAGCUGAAAAACAGGCGGAGUUGAGCUUUUCUGGAGGAUUUUUCUUUUUUUUUUUUUCUUUUGUUCUUAUUUAAAGGGGAAUAUUUUCGGGUCCGAGCCUUUUGCACCGACAUGGAGUACACGUCCUCCCCGAAGCCGCAGCUCUCAUCCCGGGCGAACGCGUUCUCCAUAGCCGCCCUGAUGUCCAGCGGGAAGCCCAGCAAGGAGAAGGAGGCGGAGGAGAACACCAUCAAGCCUCUCGAACAAUUCGUGGAGAAGUCGUCGUGCAGCCAGCAGUCUCUGGCCGACCUGUCCUCCCUGGACGGACACGGGGACUUCAGCGGGAGCGCGCCGGCGGUGUGCACGGAGCCGCUCAUCCCCACCAAUCCCGGCAUCCCUAGCGAGGAGAUGGCGAAGAUCUCGUGCAGCCUGGAGACCAAAGAGCUGUGGGACAAGUUCCACGAGCUCGGCACCGAGAUGAUCAUCACCAAGUCCGGAAGGAGGAUGUUUCCCACCAUCCGGGUCUCGUUCUCCGGAGUGGACCAGGACUCGAAGUACAUCGUUCUGAUGGACAUCGUCCCGGUGGAUAACAAACGGUACCGGUACGCGUACCACCGCUCCUCCUGGCUGGUGGCCGGGAAGGCCGACCCUCCUCUGCCCGCCAGGCUGUACGUCCACCCGGACUCCCCGUUCACCGGAGAGCAGCUCAUGAAGCAAAUGGUCUCCUUCGAGAAAGUCAAACUGACAAACAACGAACUGGACCAACACGGACAUGCUCCACAGAUCAUCCUCAACUCCAUGCACAAGUACCAGCCAAGGGUCCACAUCAUCAAGAAGAAGGACCACACCGCCUCACUGCUCAACCUCAAGUCUGAGGAGUUCCGCACCUUUGUCUUCGUCGAGACCGUCUUCACUGCCGUCACUGCUUAUCAGAACCAGCUGAUCACCAAACUGAAGAUCGACAGCAACCCGUUUGCCAAAGGUUUCAGGGACUCGUCACGGCUCACAGACAUGGAGAGCAGGGAAAGUGUUGAGAAUCUGAUCCACAAGCACUCGUACGCCCGGUCGCCGAUCCGAACCUACGCUGGAGACGACGAGAACCUGAGCGAGGACGGACACCCGGCACACACCAGAGAUGUUUACCUCAACAUCGUGUCUCCUGCAGGCUCGGCGUUCACCGCCUCAGACAACCUCUCCCUGAGCUCCUGGGUCACCACCACUUCAGGCUUCUCGGGCUUCCAGCACCCACAGUCCCUGUCGGCCAUGGGCAGCGGCACCGCCUCCCUGCCUCACCCGAUCCAGGGCUCCCUGCCUCCCUACAGCCGGCUGGGCAUGCCGCUGACGCCCACCGCUCUGGCUGGAACCAUGCAGGGCAGCGGGCCGUCCUUCCCUUCCUUCCACAUGCCGCGUUACCACCACUACUUCCAGCAGGGGCCCUACGCCGCCAUCCAGGGACUCCGCCACUCCUCCACGGUCAUGACGCCCUUUGUAUGACUCCGUCCUGGUGAGGAGACGGCCGAUCCUCGCUCUGACACUCAUCCUCAAUCAACCAGUUGUUUCUCCACUCCGGCUCAUCACUCCUCAUCCUGUUUGUAUCUCUCCCCAUGGACUUUGUAAAUAGUUCACCUGCAGCGUGAGGCAAAGCUGAUGAUCCAGAAAAGAAAGACAGAGGGCACCACAGCAGGACACAUCAGCAGGUCCUGUGGUCUCUACAAACACUUUCCUGACAUUUUACAAACACUUGCAACCUCAUUGAAAAAACUAUAAAAACCUGAUGCAAGACGACAAAAGGAGCAUGUUUGGUCUUGGCCCUUGAAGAACAGAAUGUGGAUCCUCAAAUCCUCAACGUAAACUCAUGUCAAAAAUAGGUAGCAGACGCUCUGAAGGCUGAACACUCCCUACUGGCUUACAGGGUCUCCACCUCAAUGACCCUUCAACAAUGCAACCUAAACGAUCCUUUCUGGAGAGAUUCAUCUGAUGCUACAGUACGUUGGACACGGAGGCUCAGUCUGAGCGGUGGAGCGUCCACCUCAGCUCUCCUGUUUUCUAGAAAGCCAGACAUAUGUACGGUUCAGACAUCACGCUGUGUUGAAAAUAAUGUCAAAAAUGAAUUGUACAAAGAUGAGAAAGGCAACAUUUACUCAUAGGAAAAUUCUCAUUGUAGAGUGCAAAAAAAAAAAAAAAAAAAAAAAUCAUAGGACGCAUGCUGACCGCAGUAGACAAACACACUGGGUAAACUUUAUAUGGAACGAUAUGGACGAGGAAGCUGACCUGCGACAGGAGUGAAGGCUCCCCGCAUACUUUAAAGGUUCGGUCACACCAGCUGUUGCAUCGAAAUAAGUACGUUUCUAAAGGAAUCUGUGGAUUUACUCAUGAGGGUGAAGUCAGUUUUCAUAUUUAUGUCCAUAGUUACACUCUGGUGAGCUUUCCCAUCCAAAUUUCCACCGUUGAACAAAAGCAAACCGUCUAAACUGUGCUGAUAUCUGAGAAAACAGAGAGCCAGAGAAUACAAAAUGGAGGAAGUUAUUUUGUGAUACGCGUUUAACUUAAUGUGUAAACUGCUCAUAAAGAAUGGAUUACAGACCGUUACGAGACAGGAAGUGAUGGAACAUAUACGUCUUUUGAAUGAAAUGGUUUAAAUUCCUGAGAAAACACUGCCAGUGGAGAAAAUACAAAGAAUCUCUGAGGGUUAUUUUGACUGUAGUUCAUUAUUAACCCUGCGAAGAGGUCACAAAGCUUCCAACGCUGCCCAUUAUUUGCAAAGACGCGUAGAUGGAUUUCACGCGUUACUCUCUGGUGUGACCGAGCCUUAACUAAGAGGAAUUAAAUGGCAAAAUGUGAUGAGUUGAAAUCAUAUUUUUAUUCACUGAACAUACAUUCAACCCUCAUAAUUCUGUCUGAAACAAACUGUCAGAACACAGAGAAACAUUUCAUAUUUUUCAUUGUAAACACACGGCAGCCUCCUCGCUGUUCCCAGUCACCGUCUGUUGCCUGCAGCCUGUUAGCGGUUGGUCUUUAGCAGGUGUUAGUGAGCUGAUUCAUGGCUGCAUCGGAGCGUGUCGACAGGGCGUCCACACCUGGAAAUAAUGGCUCUCUGCUGUCUCGUUUAAAACAAGCUCGGAGCUGCUGGAGUCGACUCGGUAACAGUAGAGGUGCAUUAAAGUGGCAACUCGCUGGUGAGCAAGUCAGUAACUUAUUUAAGAUUUAUGAAGAAAUAGACGGUGCUACUUGGAGGGACAAUUAAUGCUGUUGUUCAGAAAACAUUUCAUACUGAAGACUGAGUUUCAGUCCAGGAGCUCCACAGGAAAGUAUUUAAGUAUUUUUGUGUGUAGUUGAGUCCUAAACAAUAGCGCUCACUGCAGAGAGAGCUGCCAAAGUUUUCAAUUUUUAAUCAGUGAGUCAAUCAAAAGAAAGCUAUUCCAAAAAUAUUUCUGAUAAUUGAUCGUUUCAGACAUUUACUGGUUCCUGCUUCUUCAUUGUGAGAAACUUUCUGCUUUUCUUUGUUAUUUAUGACGGUUGAUGAAAAGUCUCAGGAUUUUGUUAAUGAUUAAUCUGUUAAUCAUGACAAUAAUCAGCAGAUGAAUCUGUCAUGACAAAAACUGUUAGUUGCAGCAGUUUAUUUGUACAUGUCUGCUGAUAACUCACAACAAAAUUGCUGAACAGAAAUGCCAAGACACGUUUAAAACACUACAUUAAAUAGUUUGUCUACCAACAAACAGUGUUAUUCUCAUCAAAUAAAAUUUUGUCUAUAAAGUGUUAAAAAAAUAAAUAAAUACACAAGAUAAUAUAAAAGAGCUAAACGUGACAAAUUAAAAUGCUUCUUUUUUUCUUUCAGUCAUCUCAAACCCCCAAAAUAUGCUUACUGUCAUAUAUCAGAAAGAAAAGCAGUAUAUUCUGAUUCUUGAGAAGCUGGAAAUGUUGGCAUUGUUUGAAAAAUAACUGAAACUGAAACGAUUGAUUGUUUCACAAAUUAACUGUUGAUUAGUUUUCUUUGGAUUGGCUGAUUGUUUCAGUUGUAAUUUAUUGACCAAAUAGAUUUAAAAGCUUCUUACCAAACUUUAAAAUGAGCAGUUUAGUCGACAGUAGUGUUGGAUUUAUCUACACAGAACAGUUAACGGCCUAAAUUCAAGUGUUGCUUUCUUGAUUUCAGUGCAGCGUUCUGUGCAGUUCUGUUGAUUUUUUUUAUACAGUAAUGUGAUUUUUAAAACAAGUUGGAUGAUACUGAAAACAGCUUCUCACCACAGGGAAAAUCUGAAAGGACUCAAUAAUUGACAAUAUCCAAAGAAACUCAUCGUUAGAUAUUCCAGCAGUGUCUUGGUGCUUCAGUUUUGAGGUUUCGCGUCAGUUCAGGUGUGAGUAACACAUUAGAAUAACAGUGAGCUCACAAACACUGUAAAUGUCCCGGUUUGACUUUCACAUCAUCUUUAAUCUUGUUGCAGCGAAAAAAUGGACAUAAUUGUUCUGACGCCUUGCAUGUCACUAAUGUGCGAGCAGUUUAUUUGAUCUCAUCUGUUUUUAUUGAGGAAAAGUCAGAAAGUGUUUGUUUCUUUGUCCUUCACUGACGUGCAGCCUGAGCUGGUUUGAAAGGUUUGUACAGAGGAACUGAAUGUUUAUUUCAAACCAUGUAAAUACGAAACACUUUCUCUUUUCUUUUUGAUGCACAGUCCCGACUCACCACUGAAAAUAAUCUCUUUUUAAAGAAACCUUUUCGUUUGUAUGCCAUGAUAUGAAAACGACACCGAACGAGAUUGUGUUUUGAUGAUUUUUAAGUGCAAUAUAUUUAUUUUGCUCUCUGGAAAUACUGUGUAAUGUACUAUGCCGCAUUUAAAAAAAAAAAAAAAAAGUUAUUUGUAAACCUUGAGAAAUAUAUAUCACCACCCAAACUUUCUUUGUUUUUGUUUUUGUUUUUUUUUCACUGACUGACAUUAUGUACACUUUUCUCUCUCAAUGAAUCACAGAUUGUCAGAAAUAAAUUAAACCAUGAAAUCAUGUAAAAACAAUUGAAA